AUGUUUCAAGCGUGUGCUAUUCUUCUCUCACCGACCGCUUGUUCUCCGACCACAACGGCAACCACGACAAGUAAAUUAUUGGCAGCAGCGGCAGCAUCCUCUUCUUCGGAUCCAUAUCCGGGUGGGAGUAGUGAAUUUGAUGCACGGAUUGGAUCACUCUCACGAAAAGGCUCGUAUCAGCAACAACAAGGCUCAUCAUCCUCGGGAUUGGGAGUCAAUUCUUCCAUAUUGAACCGAAUGAGUGGAAUGGGAUAUAAUGGUAGUGGAGGAGGAGGAACGAGUGUGAGUGGAACGAGUGGACAUUCCACCUUGUCGAUUACGAAUCGAAGUUCAAAUUCUGCGACUGGAUCGACGGCGAAUGUGUUGUUUGGAGGAUAUUCGUAUAAUUUUGAUAAACAAAAAUUGUUGAAGGAUUAUUUGAAAAAAAGAGGACACACUGUAGAUUUUACAGAGAAACAGAUGAAAUUAUUUAAGGAAUGUACAGAUGAUUUACCUUUUACCCCUAUUGCUGUUUAUUAUGAUCCACAAACUUGUAUUUUACAAACAGUGCUGGAAAGCGGACAUUUGAUUCAUUGGAAACUUCAUCCAAAAACAUCAGAUGUUCAGUUAGUGCAAGUAGACAGGUCAUUCUACGAAUUGAUGGACUCCAGGUUACUCUCUUCUGGAGUCAUUUGUAAUGAAUUUGUCAUUGUUCAAACAGUGAACGGAGAAUUGAAUUUUGUUGAAAAUCCUCUCUUUCAAAAUUAUGCAUCUAUUUUUGCAGAAUCGUUGGGAAAUACGAGAAGAGGAACUAUUUUAUCACUUGGAAGUAGCAACACACAAAAUAUCAAACUGAUGAUGGCUAAAACUCAAGAAGAGACGUUGUUAAAAUCAAUGAAAAUGAAUUUACCAAAAACAUAUCUCUGUGGUCAAGCCACUAGAAAUUCUCUCCUUAUUGCGCAAAUUAGCUUACGAGGAACUGAAGACAGAGAAAUGAUUCAAGUUAUUGGUACUGUUCAAGCAAGUCGUCUCAUUGUAUUCUAUGCAUUCAGUAAUUUCCGAUCGAACACUUUUCACACUUUGGAAUUGAGUAGUGACUCAAUGAGUGUGGUAUGGUGUGUUUACGAAAUUAUUGGAAAACAAGUCAAGAAGAGCAAGUACAAAACCAUAGAGACUGAGAGUGAAAUCACAUGUUGUGCAAUUGGUCCCAGUGAGAAACAUGUGUGUAUCUGUUGUGCCAAUGGAGAGGUAAAACUGUUCUCCUCGUUCAAGCUUUCUUUUUCUGGAGAUUCCAGUAACAAGGCAUCCAAAUUCAAAUGUAUCACUGUUCAAACUCUUCCUGGAAGAUUUAGACCAAGCCAUGUCGAAUGGCAUCCUUCAGGUUCAAUGCUUCUUGUUGCAUCACCUAACGAAAUUUGUUUGUUCGAUUGUGGCCUUAAUUUUAUUGAUUUUCAAAUACCGUUGAGAAAUGCUGUUGUAAAAUGUAUCACUCCAACCAACAUUCUGAGUCAACCGCUUCUAUUUAGUUCUGUACAAUUUAUGACAAAUGGAGAGUCCAUUGAUUCAUCACUGGCUUUAAUUGAUUCAGGUGGUAGUAGCUUGAAUCCUGGAACACCACGCAAUUCCCUAAAUUCACCAAGAGGUUUUUUAGGAAGAAAAAAGCAUCAAGCUGAAAUUCCUCAGCCAUUACAAAAAGGAACAAUGUUGCCCUAUGAACGUCUGUUGAUAUGCUUUGAAAAAGGACCAAUUUGCAUAUUUAAAAUUGAUUUUGGAUUAUUAAGUGCUUUCAUUGACAAUAACAUUGAGCCUGCAUCUAAUGCUCAUUUUCUUUCUAUUCACCUUAAUAUUCACAACAAGCUGAAAGAGGGUUACAGCAUCAUUAGAAAUUUGACAAAUGCCAAAGAAUUCCAACUCUGUCUUAAAGAAUUCCUUUCCUACCUUGUCUCUAGAAUUCAUGUGGACCCUGCCUCUGAAGAAUUUUUGGACAUGCUAUUAGAAAAAUAUGCUGCUCUUCACAAACAUUUAGAACCAGACUCAUAUUUCCACACGCUCUACAAGCGAUACUUUUUGUAUACCCUAAGAAAAGGUUUCUACGAGAAAUGUUUCCAAAUUGCUCACCAUCUUAAUGAUCCUACUCUAUUUGAACACUUGUACAGAUUCUGUCUUGCCCAAAAUUAUGACUCUCUUGCCUAUCUGUCCAUACAGCAUGCAAGUGAUACCUUUAAGAAUAAGGAAAAACAAGUUCAACAAUUCUUCAACGAAUGUGUGCAAUACGAAAAAUCAAAGAAUAAAUAA